AAACAAGAAAGUUUUAAUUUCAUUAAGUUCUAGUGAUAAAUACUUAAUUGUGCUUUAAUUAAAUGUAUUUAGUAUAAUUAAAUGACAAUGAAAUUGUAUAAAUUUCGUCCGUUUGAGAUAACUAAGGAGAACUACUCAGAUUCCUUUAUUCCUGGCGAAAGAAGUGGACAUCGAAUUUGCUGUGACGAUAUCAAUUUGUAUAGCUUUGGUGGUUAUAACUUCAAGGAAAAUGACGAUUCUCAUAAUUUGUACAAAGAAAUUCUUUGCUAUAAUUUUGUAACAAAACGCUGGAAGUUAAUUAAUGACGAUGACAUAUCGGACGAUGGAAUGAGUGAUGAGGACAUUCCUGAUGAAUUGGCAUCGAGUUCAAUGUUAAUUUAUGGUAAAACACUGGUUAUUUUCGGUGGAACUUCAUAUCCAUUCGGAUUACGUUGCUCAAAUACAAUCACACUUAUUAAAACUGAUCAGCCUUUUCGGAUAAAUGAAUUAAAGACUUAUAAUGAUGAAGUGAAUCAACCGCCGCAGCAAUAUGGGAUGUCAAUUGUAUGUAAGAACAAUUAUCUGUAUACUUUAGGUGGCACGCAGGGAUUUGAUUAUACUGCCGACUUAUUUCGACUGGAUCUUAAGAAUCAUAAGUGGGAACUUUUAGCAAUAAGUAGGCCUGAAAUAGAUCCAAUUCAACCAAUUGGAAGGUAUAGACAUGAAAUAGCAAUCGAUUCUCGUUACAUAUAUAUAUUUGGAGGUGGAACUGCAGAUCAAGUGUUUGAUUUAAAGGAACUACCUGUUUAUGACUUAUUCGAACGUAAAUGGAAUCGAGUAGACACUUAUCCUAAUGCUGACGACGAAUAUCCAAAGCCACGCAAGUGUCAUUCACUUGUACAGCAUACACUAAAAGAUGUAAACGGUGAGGAGGAGACAUUCGUAUAUAUUGUUGGUGGUAAUAAUCAUUCAGGACCAUUGAAUGAUGUCUGGAGAUUUUCACUUAAAACGCGUCAGUGGUUUUGCUUCAAAAAAGCUGGUUUACGAACGACUCUCUAUUUCCAUGAUGCUGCUAUAACAAGUGACGGCUGUAUGUACAUAUUUGGUGGGAUUACAUCCACUGCACAGCGUACAAAUAACUUGUAUAAAAUGUGGGUAACCAUUCCGAAAUUGAGUGCAAUAGCAUGGGAGUCUCUCCUUCACUAUUAUCCAUUCAUCCAUAAAGCAUCGAAGAAGUUCAUUUUAGAGAAAGGCGUUCCACUGCAUUUUGCGAAUCGUGUACAUCCAAACUAGUCUUCCUUUUAAUUUUCAGCUUAUGCUAUGUCUAUGUCUAAAUUCUUCAAGGGAACAAUCAAUUAAUGACGUCUACAAAAAAAAUUGGGAUUUUAGAGUCCGAUAUGAAAUUUUCCAAAGAACGAACCUGAUUUUUAAUUGCUUGGACGUCAUUAGUGAACAACUCUCGAAAUAUCUAAAUUCAUGUCUCAUUUUUAAUUUAGCUAGGAAAUUUAGUCUGGCUUGAAAUGACGACGGGUUAUCGCAUUUCAAAUGAUAUGAAAAUUUAUAUUAAAUUUAUAAAGUGAAUUACAAAAAAGAUUGAUAUGAAUUUUUGAAUUUUAAAUAAAUUAAGUUGU